UAGGUGGGUAGGUAGGUGUAGCUUUAGAAUGGUGUACAACUGUGUUUGUGCUGGGUGUAAUAAUUCUAGCAGAACAGGACACAGGGUCCAUGCCUUUCCGAAGGACAAGGCAACCCUCAGACAGUGGGUACAGUUUGUCCGCGUUAGACGGGCAGAUUUUUCUAUUCCCUCGGUCACUAAGAACUCCAAGGUCUGCAGCGCUCAUUUCACGGAGGAAGAUUACGACCAAGGGGAUAUCAGGAUGGUAUCUCUCGGGUUAAAGAGGCUGGCACAGCUUAUUCCGAACGCCGUGCCUUCUGUGCACACGCAUCUCUCUGCCUGCCCUGCCCCGAGACCGAGAGGCACCAAGAUCAGUGCCGCCAGCCGCAAGCGAGAGCUGGCUAUGAUGUUGACAGAUGCCUCACCGUGUGAGACCACGGACGGUGUCAAUGCUGCUACGGUAGAGGACCCCUUGCCCUACUCCACUUGUGACACUGGGACACAAUGUAUUUUGAAGCCCCUUGGAAGGUCUCACGCUGUGCAAGUGAACCUGAAGCCCAAGAUGGUCAGCAUGGGGACACAAACUUUCACCCCCCUCACUAGUCCUGACCCAACGGAUGGAGAAGAUGAUCUCUCUGUCAUCAGUGAUGCAUCAUGGGUACCAGGAGACCAGAUGUCUGAGGAGGAUGAGGAGGUGUUGUGUGAGGAGCCAUCUCAAACUUGUGACCCCCACCAAAAUGGCAUUGACAAAUUCAUUGUUUGCCAAGAGGAGCUCAUGGCCCUGUUUGCCAUCUGUCCGGCCUGUUGUGAGAAGUCAGAUAGUAGAAUCGUGCAGCAGGAAGGAACAUUUGUUAAAAUAGAGCAGGUCUGUGCAUGUGGCUACCAGCGUUUCUGGCAAAACCAGCCGAUCCUAAACAGGAAUAUGCCAACCUGUAACCUCCUUUUAAGCGGGGCCAUCCAUUUCUCUGGAUGUUUGGCCACCCAGACAUUACGGAUAAUGACCCUGUUUGGCCUUCAGUGCAUCAGCGCAAGCACUUUCUUUCGCCAUCAGCGCCGUUACACCAUCCCCGUCAUCAUUCAGGCCUGGCAGAACGAGCAGGCCAAGAAUUUUAGUGACCUCAAGGCAAUGGAUGGAGGCCUAGUUGUUGCUGGUGACUGCAGGUCAGAUUCUCCAGGGCACUGUGCAAAGUACGGCUCCUACACAUUGAUAGAGGACAGAGUAAACAAGGUGGUUGAUGUUCAGCUUGUUCAGAGCUCAGAGGUCCCCAACAGCUCUUGGUGUGAGAUGGAGGGGCUCAAGCGCAGCAUCGGCUUGCUGAGGCGGAACGACCUGCAUUUGUCAACCCUCAUCACAGACAGACAUCGCCAGGUUGCCAAAUGGGUGAGAGAAGAGCUGUGCCCUGAAGGGACACAGCAUUAUUUUGAUGUCUGGCACAUUGGGAAAAGUCUGGGGAAGGCCUUGGAUACAGCCUCAAAAGACAGACAGUGUGAACAACUACAGUUGUGGAGGCCAGCCAUAGUAAACCACCUGUACUGGACUGCAGCCUCAACCCCUGAUGGCAAUCCAGCUGUGAUGGAGGCCAAAUGGAGAAGCUUGGUGAAUCACAUUCAGGACAUCCACGACCAUGACACCCCUGCCUUCUCCAGUUGCGCUCAUGCCCCUCUGGAGGGGGAUCAACGAGAUAAAGAGUGGCUGGAACCAGGCUCAAUGGCAGCAGUAAAACUGGAGGGUAUCAUCACAAGGACAUCCUUACUGAAGGAUGUUCGACAGCUGUCUCCGCAGCACCAGACUUACUCCCUUGAAGCCUUCCACUCCCUGAUCCUGCACUUCGCACCCAAGCACACUGGGUUUUCAUACCAGGGCAUGUAUAGCAGGCUUCUCUUAGCGGCGCUGCAUUACAACCAUAAUGCGAACAGAGAGACCGCACGAAGAAGCGAUGGUUUGGAGAGGUAUAGCGUGCGAUAUCCACGUUUCAGAAAAGGUGCCUGGGUAGUUGUGCCCAUCAAAGAGAAGGCCUCAUACGGUUAUGCAACGUCAUUAAUCGAGGCUCUUCGGGAGAGCUACAUGGAUUCACCCAAGGCUCUUCAAGAGGUUAGCGCCAAUUUGUCAGCCUGUGCACCCGCCCCCAUCGCCAAAUCCUUCGAACAAAUUCCCAAGGAGGAGGCCGUCAGCCUCUAUCUAGCCCAGCAGUCACGCUACAAAAAAUUGAAUUAGCAUAGUUUUUUU